UUUCAUUACAUUUUGAAAUUGACUUUGAAAUCAUAGUGUGGUUUCUGGUGUUCUUUUCUUUUUUUUUUUCAAAAAAUAAUCAUUGAUGGUCAUGUCGUGGAUCAAAAAGAUAUUUCAAGGCAAAAAGAAAAACUUCAAACAUAUUGAGGAAAGUAUUAAAGAUCUGGAGGCUAGAGAGGAUGUUUUAUUAAAACGUCAAGUCGAAUGGGAGCAACAAGUUGCGACUUGCGAAGAAGCCAUAAGGAACAACGUUUCUGAUAAAAAAUUGGCCUUAAGGAUGUUAGAAAAAAAGCGAAGGUUAGAAAAAAAUCUCAGACGAUUGGAUUGUCAAUUAAACAAGUUGAAUUUUUACAUGGACAAACUGAGAACCUUCCAAAUUGAUGCCGCUAUAGCGCCUUCUCUUAAAAGAACAGGAAUUAAAAAAGGCAAAGGGGAUGUCAAAAAUAUCAUGGAACAGAUUCUUAAGCAAAAUCAGGAGACAUUAAUUGCUCAGGAUACUUCUGUUUCAGAUGAAGAAGAUCUAGUUGAAUUUUUGGAAGCUUUGCAAAGCGAGUAUGCAGAAAAUAAUUCAAUAACCAGUCCAAUCAACUGUGAAGCUGGUCCACAGAAGGACAAUCAAAUUUGUAGCGGUCAAGGAACAAGCACUGAGAAAGCCGUUGUACACUUGCACAGUUUUAAAUAAACUUAAAAUUUCAUAUUA